AUGUCUUUACCAAUAUCUCAAGUCAUAAAAGACUUGGAAAACCCCGAGACUAUCAUUCCUAUACUUAGAACCCUUCAUUAUAAUGUUGGAAAGUUACAUGAAUUACCAAAAUCAGAAUUAAAACAUUUGGUUUCUCGUUCAUUGAAUUUAACCUCAUCGCAUCAACCUUUCAAGAAAUGGUGUGGAAUCGUUGUUAUACAGACAAUUUUCGUUAAUUAUGGGAUUUUAAGUAACCAUGGAGGUCCAGUGUUCAACAGCCUUAUCAAAGUUUUAGAAACCAGCAAUGAACCUAAGGUUAUUAAAGCAUGUAUUGAUUGUUUAAAUGUUUUAUGUGGUGAAAUCAGAGGUAAACCUACAUUAACCAGAGAAAUUUUAACUCCAAAAUUACCUAUUAUCAUUCAAUUAUAUAUGGAUAGAUUAGAAAAGUAUCCUGAACUUAUCAUCAAAUCGUUAAACACUUUCAUCAUCAAUCAUCCUACAACUUUUAGACCUUUUGGUAACAAACUUAAUGCUAAGAUAAUCACAUUAUUGAACUCCGAUUUCAAUUCUUUCACUGUUGGAUUGAAGAAUCUGAUUUGCCAAUCAUUUGCUGUAUUACCUAUCAUUGAAAAAAAUGAACCUGAAGUCAUGUGGUAUAGUAAAUUCACUAAUGUUAUUCAUGAAACUGUUGAUAUUUUAUCCAUUUUCAAACAAUUGAUUAAUAUUGAUCAAGAUAAAGAGUUAUCAUUAUUAUUGACCAAAUUCAAAUUCGAUCAAACCCCUUUGUUUCCUCAUUUACAAAUAGACUUAUCUAAACCUGAAACUGUUAUUCAAUUAUCCAAUAGAUUAGAAAUUUUGAUCAAUUUGAUCAUGGGAUUCUUAACAACUCCACUUAAAUUUGCUACCAAGAUACCUGUGGGUAAAGUUAUCAGCUUGAUUGGGAUAAUCUUCAAUUUAAAUACUAAAUUUGUUCCUUUCAAAAGAGAUAUCAUUGAUGAAAGUAUCAAGACUACCAUCAAUUCUGUGUUAUUGAACAUUCAAUAUAAUGCUUUGAACCUUUUACAAGUCAUGAUUGAUAACUAUCAAGGGGUUUUGAUUAUGUACCUCUCAAGCAUUUUAUCAAUCUUAGAAACUGCUAUACCUGUUGUUAAUAAACAAGUUGAUUCAACUGAGAUCUUAAAGAAUGAAAUCUUCCAUUGUAAGUUACUUGAGACCACAACCAAUUUAUUGGACUUGGUGGCCAUUUAUUCUGAACCUUCAAUCAUUGUAAGAUUCGUUGAUAGUGCUUUGAAACUUGUUGAACCAAGAAAAUCUGAUACUACCAUUAUUAAUAGUUCCAAUGGUAAGAAGAAUAAGAAAAACCAAGCAGUACCAAUGGCAGAUUUGUUAUCUCAUGGACAUUUAUUUGACAAUAACAUCUCUUCUGUCACAGUCAAAGUUGUAAGAAAUUUCAUCAAUGCUAUUAUCUCCAAAAUGGACUUACCUGCCAACCAAUAUUAUAAAAUCAUGAGAUAUUUGGUCAUUGAAGCAGUGAAAUCAAAACAAUUCACUUAUAAUAGAUCAAUUCCUCAAGAAUUAAAGAAUUUAUUGAUCAAUGCCAUUAUUUAUCCUGGGUUCGAAAAGGUAUCUAUUUUACCUUUAGUAUCAUCAAUCAUGGGUAAUGAUCCAUUAUUGAGUGUUUUCAAUAAUCCAAGGUUCCCACCAUUACCUUUGUUCAUCAAGAAAUCCGUAGAAGAGGAAGAAGAAGAAGACGAUGAGGAGGAAGAAGAAGUUCAAAUACCAGUUCAAGAACCAAUUAAAAGGGUAAUGGUUGAUGAACCAUCACCACAAAAAAGACCUAAAUUGGAAACUCCUGUUGAAGAAGAGAAGGUUUUCAAACCUACAGACAAACCUAUUGAAAUUAUGACUUUUAGAAAAGACCCUAAGAUUGCAGAACCCCAAGAACCUUCACAACCUGAAAAAUCCUCAGAACAAGAAAAAUCUUCCGAACCAGAACCAAUCACUGCCCCAGAAUUACAAACACUUCCUGACACUUCUAAAGUAGACGACCAUGAUGAUUCAGACUUCGAAAUGCCAGAAAUCGAUAUGGAUGGAGAUUCUGACGAUGAGUAG